ACGGCUGUAGGGCGGUAAAGGAGAAGUACGUGUGUCUACUGCUUUGGUUCGUUACCCUAAAGCCGAAUGUGAUGCUGUCUUCAUUCUUUUUUCAUUUACGAGUUUAAAAUUCAAUGGGAAACGAGGUGUGGUCACCCUCAGUUAUUAAACAAUUAUUCUAACUCAUAGUUGGUUAGCAUUAAGGGUCAUGACCAUGUUCCCUACAAAAGUAAAAAUUCUGCACAGGCUGCUACAGUUUAGAUACACAUUUUGGUGCUCUCUCUCAUUUGGAAAAGCACCUUGCUCCAGGCUGGUUUUGGGCAUUGAGACGAGCUGUGAUGACACUGGAGCUGCUGUGCUGGACGAGACCGGUGAAAUACUGGGAGAGUCUCUACAUUCACAGAAAGAAGUUCACCUGAGGACAGGUGGCAUCAUCCCCACAGUGGCACAGCAGCUCCACAGAGAAAACAUAGAGCGUGUGGUCCAGGAGGCUUUAGGGAGGAGCAACGUGGACCCAAGCCUCCUCACAGCUGUGGCAACCACUGUGAAGCCAGGCUUGGCCCUAAGCUUGGGUAUAGGUCUUGACUUCAGUAAGAGGUUUGUGAGGCAGCACAACAAGCCCUUCAUUCCCAUCCACCACAUGGAGGCUCAUGCCCUGACCGUCAGGAUGAUCCAACCUGUUGCCUUCCCCUUCCUGGUCCUGCUAAUUUCUGGUGGUCACUCACUUCUUGCUGUAGCUCGAGGAGUCGACGAUUUUCUGCUUUUGGGUCACAGUCUGGAUGAAGCUCCAGGGGAUACACUGGAUAAAGUGGCAAGACGUUUGUCCCUCAUAAAGCACCCACAGUGCUCCACUCUAAGUGGAGGGCAAGCUAUAGAGCUUCUGGCAAAGACCGGCGACAGGACGAAGUUCCCUCUCAGGACACCUAUGGGACAAACAAAUGACUGCUGCUUUUCUUUUGCUGGGAUACAGAAUCAGGUUACCAUGGUGAUAAAGAAAAAAGAGGCAGAGGAAGGUAUACAACAGGGAAUGCUGUUGUCAUGUGUGAAUGACAUUGCAGCAGCUACACAGCACACAGUUGCCUCCCACCUUGCAAAGCGCACCCAUCGUGCCAUCUUGUUCUGUAAGGCAAACAAUCUGCUGCCAUCAAGCAGUCCCACCUUGGUGCUGUCUGGGGGAGUUGCAAGCAAUCAGUACAUCCGCAAGGUUUUGACCAUCAUCACUGACACGACAGGACUACGCCUGAUCUGUCCGCCAGCCAAAUUCUGCACUGACAAUGGAGUGAUGAUUGCAUGGAACGGUGUUGAACGGCUGAGAGAAGGGAAAGGGAUUCUGCCUCCAGAUGUGGAUAUCCGCUAUGAGCCAAGGGCACAGCUGGGUGUUGAUAUGACAGCAGAGGUAAAGGCAGCAGCGAUCAGGUUGCCGUCAGUCAACCUGAAGAUCCCCAACUGACACACUGUUGGCUUUGUUCUGAGCAAAAAAAGUAUUUUGUCACUCCUACAUUUUCCCAGUUCAGAUACAUACUGUGUAUGUAUAAGCACAUUAAACAGCUAUUUAUUAAUAAACUUUUAAAAAUGUCAGUUGAUUUAACAAAAAAAAAAUCCCCUACAUUACUAACUGAAAAUAUAAAUUCCAUCAAAGUGAGAGUUUUUACUUUUCAGUGACCUGAUUUUUAAACAUUAAAGCCAUCAUUCAACAACACGUACAGUAUUUGAACACCUUGAGGACGUCUCUCCGCCUCUCCCUCUAUGUAUUAUUUUGUCAUAUGGAUUAAUGUAAUUUCAUUUUGUUAAUCUGUUCUGGACACACAGUGCACAUCUGUCAAUCCAGGGAGAGGGAUCCCUCCUCAGUUGCUCCUCUUCAGGUUUCUUCCAUUUAUUUUUCUCAGUUAAAGGUUUUUUGGGGGAAAGUUUUUCCUUAUCCACUGUGAGGGUCCAGUGACAGUGGGUGUCAUAUGUUGUAAAACCUUCUGAGACAAAUUAUAUGUGAUACUGGAAUAUAUAUAAAUAAAACAGAAUCGAACUGAAUGACUGAACAAUCUGAGGGUCAUAAACAGCAUGGGAGUGUUCACAUUUUAAACAUAAAGAUUUGUCAUAAGUUUAGUUGCUCCGUCUGGAAUCGACAUGCACUUCUAUUUGAUUGUAUGUGUUGUACAGAGAGCUGGUUUCUCCACCUGAAAGCAGAGAUGAACAGAGAUGAAAACGGGUGUUUGCUGUGCCUUCAUAAGUCCAAUCUGUCCUCUCUUAUUGUAACAUCACUAAAGAAAUGAAACCAAAGAUUACCUGUCUUCUCUGUUAAAGGAGAACUGUAGAACCUGUUAAAAACA